CCGAGACGAAAUUGAACGAAAUUUUGGGAAACGGACAUCGUGCAAACAGGAUGGCAACCGAAACCGAAACGGCAGUAAUUCAUACAAAUGGUGGCCUGGAAACGGUAUCCGAGGAGGAGGGGGCUAAGCCGCGCCCGGCCGAUAUUGAAGCAGAUAUGCGAGAAAUGGAGCGGCGUAAGCGUGUGGAAGCAAUCAUGAAUUCGCGCCUGUUCCGCGAGGAACUGGAACGAAUUGUGGAUGGUCAGAUGCGCGAGGGAUCGUCGACGAUACUCCAACAGCUCUCAGACAUCAUGGGCAUGCCGGCGGCUCGCAUUGGUAGCGUGUUUAAAAGCUCCAACUGCGUGGUCCCGAUCAACGAUAUCCGUGGUGUGGAGUCGAUGGGCUACGAAAAGGGGGAAAAGAUUCUGCGCUGCAAGCUGGCCGCUACCUUCCGACUGAUGGAUCUGUACGGCUGGACUCAAGGCAUCGCAUGCCAGAUCACGGCUCGCCUGAAUGCCGAUCAGGAGCUGUUCCUCGUAAAUCCGUACGGUAUGCUUUUCCACGAGGUUACUGCCUCUUGUUUGAACAAGGUAAACAUGCAGGGGCAAAUCGUCGAACAUGGAACGACAAAUUUUGGCAUCAACACUAGUCAGUUUACCCUCCACUCUGUAAUUCAUGCUGCCAGACCAGACAUACGUUGUGCAAUAUAUGUAGCUUACAGCGCCGUAACCGCCAUUUCGGCGCUGAAACAAGGAUUACAGCCGCUCACGAAGCACACUGCCCUCUUGGGAGAGAUAGCCUUCCACACGUAUGCUGGAGCACUUAACGAACCAGAAGAAAAGGAUAAAUUGUUGCGUAGCUUGGGACCAGUUUCGAAGGUUCUGCUGCUUUCCAACCAUGGCGCGUUGUGCUGCGGUGAAACCAUCGAAGAAGCAUUCUACCACGUCACGCACAUGGUACAGGCCUGUGAAGCUCAACUAAAACUGCUGCCAGUAGGGUUGGAAAAUUUGAUUUUAAUCCCCGAGGAGACUCGUAAGGCAAUCUAUGACGCUGCACGGAAACCUUCCGGAGAGACACAAGAUGCAGCUACAGCUCAAGCAGCGGAUAACAAGGAAGGAUUAGUUUCCAAAACCCCGAAGUGGCGUGUUGGUGGUUCCGAGUUUGAAGCCCUUAUGCGUAUGCUUGAUAAUGCUGGAUUCCGGACAGGGUACAUCUUCCGCAAUCCACUGAUCAAGGGUGACAUUCCAAAACCACGCAAUGACAUUGAGGUACCACCAGCUGUGUCAUCAUUAGGCUAUCUAAUUGAGGAAGAGGAGCUGUUCAAGCAAGGCAUAUGGCGUAAAGGAGAUCCACGCAAGGUUGGUGAUCGCACACGCUGGCUGAAUUCUCCGAAUGUGUAUCAGAAGGUGGAAGUUCUCGAAACCGGUACACCAGAUCCGAAGAAGAUUACCAAGUGGGUAGCCGAACCAUCUCCAACACAUUCAUCGACUCCGGUCAAGAUCGAGCAUGCUCACCAGUUUGUCCCAACAAACACUAACCCGCGGGAAUUCAAAAGAAUCCAGCAGCAGAUUAAAGAUAAUCGACGUGCUGACAAAAUUUCGGCUGGACCGCAAUCCCACAUUCUGGAGGGUGUCUCAUGGGAUGAGGCAAACAGGCUGAAGGACGCCAACGUCUCUACCGCUGGAGAUCACGUGGUACUGAUGGGCGCCGCUUCCAAAGGUAUUAUCCAACGUGGCUAUCAACACAACGCCACCGUUUACAAGGCGCCGUACGCUAAGAAUCCAUUUGAUUCUGUAACCGACGACGAACUCAACGAAUACAAAAAGACGGUCGAAAAGAAACGACACGGUGAUGGCACAGACACAGAUUUCUCCGAAUCGGAAGCUCUUAGCUCGUUGCAGAUCAGUGGCCCUACUAAGGGCGCUUCGCUCGUUAGUCCACCAAGCCAAUCGGAGCAGGAAGACACUACAGCGGAACAUCACGUCCUAAGAAUAGAAACGAAGCAAGCGCCCAAACCAAGCCAGCCAGAGGUGGUACUAAGCGACGGGGAGCAAGUACAAAAUGGCGAGCAAUCCGACGCACAUAUGAGCACCUUUUCACACAGUAGCAAGGAGGAUAUUUCAACCGAUGGAUCCCCCAAAAAGGACAAAAAAAAGAAGAAAGGGCUAAGAACCCCUUCGUUUUUGAAAAAGCGAAAGGACAAGAAGCGCGUCGAAUCGUAAAUGCUUCUUUAAACACCACGGCAACUACCACACAACUGGGGAAAGUAGAUGACGGAUGUUUUUCAAGUGGCAAUGAAGAACCUUUUUUGGGUUUUCCUUCCGCUGGUAGUAUAUAUAUAUACGGUGUUGUACGACAAAGCGAUGUUUGGCAGAACUAUCCAUCACACGAGUUUUCGAACGACAACCGGGGAUAAAACACAACUCGGUGCGAACACGCGUACACACAACAUUAUUAUACUCCGAUAGUUUGUAAGAUUGUCCAGAGAGAUCAGCUUGUAUCAAUGUUUUCCUUAAUUUGUUAUUUUCAUUUUAUUUUAUUUCUCACAUUUUAUUUGUUUAAAAGCGUAUCUCCUCGUCAAGUCUUUAAUUUGUCAAAUUAUGUUCGUAGGAGUGGACACAAUUUCUCGCCUCUGUUGGCAAGCGAAUGCGUGGUUUGAUGUUGAUAUAACAUCAUAAUUAUGGACAAGUACCGACGGAAAGGUACACAAAUAUUGAGUUGAAAAAAGUAAGACAGUAUAAACGCUAUUUAUCUAUUGAUGGAAAACAACUUUGUAUGGCUUUAGGCAAUAUAAUGCAUUAUCAAAGAAUGACAUUCGGGAAUGGAAUGUUUACCCUACGGUUCAUUAUGCCAUGGGCACAUUCCUUAGAAGCAAUGCAAUCAAAGGACGUUUAUGUUAUUGUCGUACCCCAAUAGCUGUGCAUCUGUCGCCACCCUGCCGUAGAUGUAAAUGCGAAUAAGCAAUCGCUAAAAUUAUAUACCAUGUUUUUUUCUUUAUAUUUUAUUUUAAUAACGACUAUCAAACUAGAAGAAACGACGAGUAACCGCACACGCAACUAAAGAGCUGGGUUGACAAUGCAUCAAUUGAAUAUUUUGUUACUUUGGCGCGAUAAUAUGAGCUGGGAAUGAUGUGAGAAUGGGUCAUACGAAAUAUGACAACAUGAACAAACAUAAUUCAGAGAAGUAUAUAAAGGCAUGUUCGCUUUUUUCAUAUAUAGACGGUAAUACAAAUAAAUAUGAUGAAACGCAUUAGAUAAACUGAUGAGUCGAGGAAGAAAUGUAAAAGAAAAUGAUGGAAAAUUCAACCAUCAUGCAACUAAGAUUUACAAACACCCAUCUAUUUGCUUCUUACCGUUUGCCGCUAUAUUGAGCAAAAAUGCGCAUCUCAAUAUGGUGUUUUCCAGUAAAAUCUUACUGUGAAGGAAAAAGAGCGACACAAACUGGACAGAGAAAAAACAGUAAAACCACACUCGUCGCUGUUGCUAGAUGAAGAUUAAGUGAAAAAAAAACAAACGGAACGCCAAUUUCCACUGCGUGCAUGGAUUGCAUAGAUAGCUUUUUACUACCAAUCGAUUGCCUUUCCUCUUUGUUCGUACGGUUAAUGUGAAUAUGUUUAAUGCAUGCUGUUAAACCUUAGGCAUUCAUGCAAAAAUACAUAAAUACAUCUAAACACUCUAGUAAUACUGUAUACCGUUCGAUUCCUCUUUUACGGAUUUGUUGAAAAUCUGUUGGUCCCCGGAAACGAUGAGGACGUGAGAGGUGACGAUUGAACAAGAAGUACCCUUUGCUUCACACUCCUUCCUGUGCGUAAUAGUCGCUUUCCAACAGCUUUCAGCCCCUAUGCGGUGUUAUGCGACGUGCGAUAUGAUGGUUCCUUUUGCUAUUU